AUGGGUGGUAUUGGGAAGACCACUCUUGCACGUGCUGUUUAUGACAAAAUUUCUAGUCAAUUUCUUCAAUCAGUUAGUAGCUUUAUUGCCGAUGUUAGAGAAAGAAGUGGAGGAAAUGGUGGUCUAGUUGAUUUACAAAAACAACUUCUAUACGAUCUCUUCAAGCAUAAGAGCAGUGACAUAAAGGAUGUCGACAGAGGAAAAAACAAAAUUAGACAUGGACUACGUCAUAGAAGGGUUCUUGUUGUUGUGGAUGAUGUGGAUCAAACCCAACAAUUAGAAGCAUUAGCAAUUGAGCGCGAUUGGUUUGGUGGAGGGAGUGUAAUCAUUAUAACAACAAGAGAUAAGCAUCUGUUGAUAGAACGUGGAUUGGCUGAAGAUGAAAUUUAUAGGGCUAAAGAAUUCGAUGAUGAUGAAGCUCUCCAACUCUUUAGUUGGAAAGCCUUCAAGAAAGACCUCCCUCUAGAUGGUUUUGUGGAGCUUUCCAAACUUUUGGAAAAGUGCUUUGAAAAGUCUAAGACAAAACCCCAAGAAAGAAAUCGUUGA